UGCAAAAGAAUAUACUUACACAAGCAAGAUAAUCUAACACUUAUACAAGACCAACUUGCAAAGUGGGCUAAGAAAAAUUUUAAUCUUGACAAUGCACCUAAUCAAACAACACUUUUACAGAUUCUUGGAAAAAAAAAUGAAUAUCUUAAAAUAGAUGAUGAAAAGGAUCUUAGAGUUAAAUGGCAGCAAACAGUGCUUCAACCACAAUUAGAUGAAGAAUUAGCUAAUUGGGUUUUGCAAUGCCAAACUAGAAGAAUUUAUUUAACUGGGGAACUGAUAUAUCGUAAUACACCUGAUUUUUCAGUUAGCAGGUUGCUUUCAUUUGAGCAAUAUUAUGGUUUUAAAAUACACAGAAUAUAUGGUGAAAGUGGGUCAGCUGAUAAUAAAGCUAUUGAAAGAAAUUUAUCUAAACUUCGUACAAUUAUUAGUGAAUAUACUACAAGAGAUAUUUAUAAUAUAGACGAAGCUGGUUUAUUUUACAGAAUGGCACUAGAUAAAACAAUAGCUAAAAGACAAAUCGAAGGAAGUAAGAAGGAUAAAACUUGUCUUACUAUUGCUUUUACUUCUAAUGCAGAUGGGUCUCAUAUAUUAAAACUAUUUUUUAUUAGUUACUCAAAAAAACUAAAAUCAUUUAAAGUCUAUUCGAAUAAUAAAGAUUUAUCUGUUAUUGCAGAUUUAGAAGAAUCACUAAAACUAUUGUCUACUCGCCACCCUAUGAGCUUUGCUUAUUAUACAAACCUACUAGAAGAAAUGAAUAUGGUGCAUCAAGAGUUCACAAAUGCUAAUUUGCUAGAAUCAGCAGCUUCAGAAAAUGAUAGAGAUAUUGAUGAACUAAAUAAUAUUACCACUUUCUCUACUAUACUUACAAACCAAGCCAAACUUAACUCUCUCCAUAUUGUGAUCAGUCUUCUUAAUACAACUAUUACUGAUCACAAUACUACACUCUGA